GCAACAAUCAUCCUUUCUCUCUCUCCCUCCCUCUCUCCCUCUCUCUCUCUUUAACUUCCUGUCGUUCUGUCUCUCCCUCGGCUUCAUGUUUCUCUAAAGAAACGACUUCCUAAAUGCGACCGUGAGCGUCUCGUUCUGGCGUGUUGUUCGCUCUUUGAGCUGAUAUUUAUCUGGUGGGUUUGAAAAAUGAAAAAUGAUUCUCUGCUGUCCAGCGUCAAUGUGGUGCUUGUCAUGGCCUACGGGAGUCUGGUUUUUGUUUUGCUGUUCAUCUUUGUCAAAAGACAAAUUAUGCGGUUUGCCAUGAAGUCUCGGAGAGGACCACAUGUUCCCCUCGGCCAUAAUGCACCAAAAGAGCUGAAACAAGAAAUUGAAGCCAAACUGUGUCAGGUUCAGAACAUCCACUUUGAGCCGCGUCUGCUGUCCCCAGAUGAUGAUCGGAUAAAGCAGAAUGAACAGAAUGGUUCCUAUGACUACUUGUACAGGAUGAGAGCGCUGGAUGCCAUCAGAGACACUGAUCUCCCUUUCCGUGACCUGGGUGGGACGUCCACCGCUGUGACGGGGAAAAGAUUUCGUACCUGGAUUCUGCAGCUACGCAAUAACCACUGCAUGUUCCGAGACAGCCAAAGCUCCCUCAUUGACACGGUGCUGGAUGGAUACAAUAAAGCCAGAUAUGGGGCUGAGGCUUUUGGUGAAGCCGAGUUCUUAAAAUACCAGCAAGCUCUAACUGAACUGGCCUCUGCCGUGAAGUCUCACAGCAGUAGCAGCACUCCCAGCCAGUACCAUCAGUCUGCAGCCAAAGACCUGACCAGCACUACGGAGCCGGCAAGCUCCGCCUCCUCCCCAACUCAAACCACCUACCUCAUAUCUACGCUGCAGCAGCGCAGCAAGAGGCCCAGACACUUCCUGGAGCUGAAGAACUUCAAAGACAACUACAACACCCUGGACAGUACGCUCUGAUCUCUCAUGUCUGUCCAAAGGAAACACCAUGUAAUGGAGACAGUACCCCCCCAUCACAGUACCCCCAUCACCGUCCACAGCAUUAUUAUACAUAUUACAGCUGCUGUGGACAGUGAUGGGGGUACUGUCUCCGCACUGAAGGCUGUGUACACUAACACAUAUUACCUGGUUUACUGCACAGUCCAAAUCUGACUACUGUCUCUUUACCUAAGUGUAGCUAAAGUGUAUAUUCUGUAUUACAUCAUGUGUGAAUGGUAUAUUUGGGGAGAAUAACAUAUUUACUGUGACUAUAAUGAGUGUGGUUGAUUUGACCAAAACAAAAACUAGAUGAGCUGUGUGGCUAUGCAAUGGCAGAAGACAAUCAGUAUUUAUUGCACAAUGUAAAAGCCUAUGCAGGAUUGUUGAACUUAUCCCACUGUAUUUAAUCAUGCUGAUCAUUACAGUUACUGGUGUUAACGGCUGCUUCACUUUACUCAGAAAAACACGAAUAUGUCACGUCUGUUUGCGUCUAUUUACGUCUGUACUGUUCCUGUGCUGCUGUGAAUUCAGCCUCGUUUUAAGCCUCAAAUGUUUGUUUUACAGAAGCCAUAUUUGAUGAAUUUUGAUGAUUAAGUGCUCUUUUAACUUAAUAAUUUCCCUCAGUGCAAUGUUAUUUAACAGUAUUCCAGUGCAUCCAUUUCCUCUGACUGAGAGGUUCUGUUCCUGGGAUAGGCUCUGACUUAGUUCUGCCUGCGAGGUGUUCAGGAUUCCCCGGGAGGCGUUUCGUGCCUGAAUGAUUUAAUUUGUUUCUGGUGCUUACUUGUUAAGUUGCCAUCUAAAUAAAAC